UUUUCCCUGCAAAAGGGGAGUUGCUACACAGGCAGGGGUUUCAUCUUGGAAAGUGGAUGGAUGACGUUAAAAGGCAAGACAUGAUUGUUAUUUGCCUUGUAUGUAACUGAGUCUUAACCAUGUUCUGGUUGCUUCAGAGGAUAUAAGGAAAAUUUGGGUGGAAAAAUUACUAUUAAAGGUGCUAUCUGGAACAAUUUUAAAUCCUCUACAAAAUUAUCAAAUAUUGGGGCAAUUUGACUGUCAAAGAAAAGGUAAUUUUUGCCUGAAUAUCUUGUGGAUGCAAAUGAGUAGGAAAAAAUUAGAAAGCUGCUUCGAAUAAUAAAUUUCAGCACUCACAUAUGUUCAUCAUUUGCUAGCUAUUCUUAUGUAUGCGAUGCCAGUUUGUAACAUUUCCAUUAACUUUAUUCUUGAGGAGAAAUGGGAUCUGCACAUCCUCAAGUUCAAUAUAUCAUUUUUUAAUGUUCUCUUAGAGGUAAUAAAUAAAUGCAGGUGUCACUUUGUUGGGCUUUUCUCAUGUCAUUGCAAGUUGAGAUGGAAUACUGGGAUUUCUUAAAAUUAGUGAAGCUGAUUUUAAUUUUGCCCAGAUUGUGGCAUAUGCAAUACUUGUGUGUUGCAAGGUAUUACAUUGUCAGCUGUUAAUUCACAGGACUAAAAUGUGUUUUUCAAAGCUUACUUCUGAGGGAAAACAUGUGCUACUAUUCCUGCUUUCUUUGGUUAGUGUGAUAAUUUCUUAUUCUUACAAGACUUUGUUUGAAUUCUAAAACCUAAUCCAUGAGUGAUAAAUAAAAACCAUUCAGAUGCCCAAUAAAAUGUCCUUUAGGCAUUUAUAUUUUGAUUUCUCCGUGGGUGCACUGAUAUUUAUUAAAAACUUUUAUCAUAUAGCAAAAGCAUAGUAUAUAUUAUUAACUUAUGGAAGAAAAUGUGGUGCAUAAAAUAUCAUGAGAAACAGUUAAUUCCUCUCUGGAAAGCAGUUUGCUGAGGGCUGUUUAUACACCCAAGCAAGCAGUAGCUGAGAAGUUCCUGUUAGUGAACUACCAGAGCUGUCCAUGAUAUUUAUCUAAAGACUGAGUUUUGGUUUCAUGUUUUUUAUAAAGCUUGCCCUUUCUGAGGUCACAGUGGGAAGUGAGGUGAAAUGGGGACCUUGGAGUGCUUCCAAUAAUUUGUUUAAUGACCUUAAGAAAAUUGCUUAUUUUUAUGCUCAUUUUAGGAAUGCAUUACAAUAGGAAUAACUUGUAAUGACUUGAAGUAGUCUAGACUUAAUAAAUUUGUUCAAGGGGCUUUGAGAAGAUUAUUACUGUUACGAUUAUUAUUGCUGAAGAUUCUUUAAUUGUUUCCUUAUUCCAAAUAAUUCAGAGAAAGUAGGGUAUCUUCUGCAGCAUGUUUCUGUCCUCAGUUGGGAUUUUGUGGAGCUUGCUGGGAGGGUUUAGUGUGUUUUUCAUUUUACUUUGUUGUCAUUCUUCUGCCACUGAUGUGAAAUGGCAACCUGGCACAAAAUACUGGCUUUUUUUUAACUUUGUUUCAGACUAACAUAAUUGUACUGCAUGUAGUUCAGGUUUUUUUUAACUGUAAAUUCCUACAUAAAAGUUAUUUUCCUCACAAAGCAUACACAGUUCCUCUAGCUAAAAGCCUUUUUCUGAACUUGAGUAUUUUCAGACUAAAACUUUGUCCUACUGGUAGCUUUUUGGAAAAAUAAAUUGUAUUCUUACAUCACAGUUGGGCAUAACAAUGUACAAUUGUGACAGCAUACUUCAAAUAGCCUUUUUUGAAGGUUAUGCAGAUCAUUUUAGCUUGUUUAACUUGAGCAUUUGUAAAUCCAGUCAAUUAAAGACACAAAUUGAAAAAAAAAUCAAUUAUUGAAACAAAUUUAAUUGAAAUGUGGAAUUACCUUGAAGUAAUUCAGUUUUUUCAAGCGAAGUAGGUAGUCUUUGCUACUGGUACAGUGUCCAGGGUUUUCUUGGCUGAGCCCUAGAUAUUGAUAAAGCAGCAGUGUUUGCUUCUAAUUUCACCUUAGUGCUGGGGGAUGAUGAGAUGCUGUAGAACUAGACUUUAUGAUAGCCUUUCUUAUCAGUUUGGUUUUUAUUAAUAAAUGUACCAGGAUCUUGAGUUUAUUUCCACUUCAGCAAGCAAAUAAAAGUGUAAAGCUCUUACAAGGGGACAGUGGAACUGCAGCUCAGUUUAGCAGUAAUCCCUGACAAGAUGGGCUUGUGGCUUGGUGCAGUUACACUGCCAGGACUCUGCAUCCUCUGCAUGAAGUGAGUGGAAACCAAAGAUCAAUUAGAAACUGGAAGAAAGGUUCUCUGUAGCAAUAUUGUGUAACUGGGCACUGGUGGGGGGAUGCUGGUUGUGCCCUGGGGCUUCUCCCUCUGCUGCUCUGGGUGCUUCAGCUGUGUCAGGAGUUCCUGCAGGGGUCUCUGAAGCUUGGUGCAGAAUCAUCUUUGUACAAUGGACUCAGUGUUGAUGUGAGAGUGGAUCCUUCUGGGCCAAAUGCACACUGAAGCACAUUAUAACAGCCAUUUAUCUUUGUUCCUUUUUGAGGAGUGGCAUAUCCGAAAAGUGGAUGUUCAGGAUAACAUGUCCAAUGUCUCGGAAGAGAGAAGCACUAGACAACAGGACAUUAAGAAAGGACUCCAGUUUAUAGAAUCCACUUUGCCCUAUCCAGGGACGCAAGAACAAUAUGAGUUAUUUAUACGAGAUCUUGUUAGAAAUCUUUUUCAUGAAGGAAAUGAUGUAUAUCGAGAAGGUGAUUGGAGAGGAUCACUGAGUCAUUAUACAGAAGCUAUAAACAUAGCUGAUUAUGCAAAUUCAGAAGAAAUCCAUGUUUCUGAUGAUGUUUUAGAGAAGCUACAUGUGAACAGGAUUGCGUGUUUUUCAAAUAUGGGUUUGCAUGAAAAAGUUCUAGAGGACUGUGAGGUAGCAUUAAGAUUGAAUGAAAACAAUUUCAGAGCUCUCUAUCGUAAAGCAAAAGCUUUGAAUGAACUGGGAAGCUAUAAGAAGGCUUAUGAUGCUGUAGCAAAAUGUUCUCUUGCUGUGCCACAGGAUGAAAGUGUGAUUAAGCUUACUCAAGAACUAGCUCAAAAACUAGGGUUAAAAAUAAGGAAAGCAUAUGUUAGAGCAAAGCCACCCUCGUCAAAUUCAGUUUCUAGUGAUGUAUCAACUCAGAAUUCUUCUGUAGAAGAUAUUGAGUUAGAUUUAUCUGACCAGAAACAAGAGAUGGUUUCUGCUGCUUCUUCAUCAAACUUUGUUUCUGAAGUGUCUAAAGUGUCACCAGUACCUGUACCACCUUUACCUACUGUUAUGCCUCUUCAGAUGGAAAAGGUUCCUUUGCCUUCUGCCGUGUUGGCAAAUGGAGGGAAUGUUUCUUUCUCUAUGCCAGAAGCAUGUUUAGAUUGUGGAGAUGGAGAUAUAAUUAUUGGAGAAGAACUUGAUGAGUUACUUGAUUCUGUGCCUGAUCCAGAUGAAAGUGUAAUGCAAACUACAGGAGCCAGAGGACCCAUUCCUGCAGGGAGUGUAGCUCCUAGUGUACCUUUUUCUGCCUCUUUAUUGGGGACACUGCCAGUUACCGCAGGAUUUGUUCCUUCAGCUUCUCUUUCAGAAAUCUUUUCACAGCCUUUGGCUUCAUCUCUGGAAAACUUCUGUUCACCAUUAAGCACUUUUUCAAUCAGUGACCCAAAAAGAGACAUCUCAAGUUCAGCUUCUAGAGAUGGAACACCAACACUUAACAGCAAUAAUUCCCCAUUGUUUAUAAAUGGUCCUAGUAGUCUGUUCGGGUCCGAAAAUUACAUGGGAAUUGCAGGCCAAACUAGAAAUGACUUUUCCAAUGUUUUUAGCAGUACAACUGCUAAUAUACCUGUAUCUCCAGCACUGGUGGGAAGGAACCCACUGGAAGGCACACAUGAGCUAAGACAGGCCUGCCAGUUAUGUUUUGUCAAAAAAGGUCCUAAAUUAUUGGAUUAUGCUUAUCAUCCCAAUUUAGAACAUAAAUGUAAGAAGGAUAUUUUAAUUGGCAGAAUAAAAAACUCUGAAGAUAAAUCAUGGAAAAAAAUACGUCCAAGACCAACAAAGACCCAGUAUGUGGGACCAUAUCAUAUAUGUAAAGAUGUGGCUGCUGAGGAGGAGUGCAGGUACCCAGGGCACUGCACGUUUGCCUACUGCCAGGAGGAGAUCGAUGUGUGGACGCUGGAGCGCAAGGGCGCCUUCAGUCGAGAAGCUCUUUUUGGGGGACCUGGGAAGAUCAACUUGACUGUGUCCCAACUUCUUCAAGAAUACCACGGAUUAUUUAUGUUCCUUUGUGAGAAAUGUUUUGAUCACAAGCCCAGAAUAAUAAGCAAAAGGAACAAGGAUAACUCAUCUUCUUGUUCUCACCCUGCUAUGCAUGACUUUGAAGAUAACAAGUGCCUUGUCCACAUUUUGCGAGAGACGAUGGUGAAGUAUUCCAAGAUCCGCCCUUUCCAAGCUCGGUGUCAGCUGGACCUGUGCAGACAUGAGGUGCACUAUGGCUGCUUGCGGGAGGAUAAAUGCUUUUAUGCUCACAGUCUGGUAGAGCUUAAAGUCUGGAUAAUGCAAAAGGAAUCGGGUAUUUCACAUGAUACUAUAGUUCAAGAAUCAAAGAAGUACUGGCAGAACAUGGAAGCUAGUGCACAUGGAUCACAGAUUCUUGGGAACCAAAUGAAAUAUGGAUCACUUAAUUUGAAGAUGAAGUUUGUUUGUGGGCAGUGCUGGAGAAAUGGUCAAGUUAGCGAGCCAGACAGAAACAAAAAAUACUGUAGUGCAAAGGCAAGACACCCAUGGAGCAAAGAUCGCCGUGUGGUGCUGGUAAUGUCUAAUGAACGUAAGAAGUGGAUGACCAUUCGUCCUCUGCCUGCAAAGAAACAAGUGCCUCUGCAGUUUGAUUUGUGCAAUCAUAUUGCUUCAGGCAAGAAAUGUCAGUAUGAUGGAAACUGCUCAUUUGCUCACAGUCCUGAGGAGAGAGAGAUGUGGACCUAUAUGAAGGAGAACAGCAUUCAAGACUUGGAGCAGUUGUAUGACAUAUGGCUAAAAACUCAAAAACCAGAAAAAGGAGAUGAUACAGCUGCUCAGGCAAACAGAGAAAAUGGGAAGCAAAUUCAUAUGCCAACUGACUAUGCUGAAGUUACAGUGGAUUUUCAUUGCUGGAUGUGUGGGAAGAACUGUAAUAGUGAGAAGCAAUGGCAGGGUCACAUAUCUUCUGAAAAGCAUAAGGAGAAGGUUUUCCACACUGAGGAUGAUCAGAACUGCUGGCAGUAUCGCUUUCCAACUGGAUAUUUUAGCAUUUGUGAUAGAUAUAUGGCUGGUACUUGCACUGAAGGAAACAACUGUAAAUUUGCCCAUGGAAAUGCUGAACUCCGUGAGUGGGAAGAACGAAGACAAGUUUUAAGAAUGAAACUCAGCAAAGCAAGAAAAGACCACUUGAUUGCUCCCAGUGAUAAUGACUUUGGAAAAUAUAGUUUUUUGUUUAAAGAUUUAAACUAAUACUGAGAUGACACAUAUAUGUUAUCAGCUGGAAGCAUAAACCAGAAAAUUUGACAAUAAUCAAAAGCAUGUGACAGAAAAGCUGCAGGUUUUCUGCUUUUAUUGGCAUACAUUGUUCCUCCUGAGCAGCAAAGUAUGGUAGAUUUAGGGGGAUGGAGCAGACCUGUCUAUGCUCUCAUGAAACAGAGUGGUGAUUAAAAAAAUCUGAAGUAUUAUGUGCUUACUCACCUCCUGUUGGACAGAAAGUUAGGAAAUAGAAGGGGGGAAGAGUGGUUAUAAUAUCUAGGAAGCCCCCUAGUCUCAGACCUUCAGUUGAAAAACUUUCAGGUAUCAAGGUAUUGCAAAAGAGAGUGUUAGUGGCUAAGAAAAUGAUGGAUGAAAUUCUUCAGAUCUUUUAAUGGAGAGGAUUUGUUUAAAACAAAGUUUGCUACUUAUCUAUAUGUAGGUUGCUAAAAAUGAUUUUCUUAUUAAAGAUUUUAAACAAAAUAACCAUUUAACUACAAUAUAUGUUGAAUGGGUAUUUUUUCUCUAUUUGUAUGUUUCAAUAUAAUUUACUGAAAAAGGAUCUUGAGAGGAAAAAAGUAUUAAUUUUUGAAAAUGAAGUAGUUAAAAUUCUGUUUCUUGGUCUUUGCUGUUUAAAUGAUGAUUUUGAAAGAUUACACUUGUAUGUCAGUAUUGUGUAUUAUUGUAUGGACUAAUGUUGCCUGUAAUAAAGAGAACUUUACACAAA